AUGUCGUGUGCGAGCAAGACCUGUAAGAAGUUGUGCCGGAUAUUUGGCGAAACAGCCUUGAGGCGCGCGGCAUGUGUGCCUAUCGUUUCUCUUCCCAUCCCCCCUGGAAGGGUCAAGCGACCUAAGUCAAGUCCCCGACUUGCUUGCAAUUCAGAGUCGCUUCUACCUCACGGAGAGCUCCGCCAUGAUAUAGGACCCUUCAGUACGCCUUUCUCACCAACCUCGCGGAGCCUUGCAGAGUUUAACUUACCCUUGUUCAAGGUCUCGAGUUACGUGAGGCAGCUUAUUGCUAUGCAUUCACAGGUAUUUGGCGGACUGACCUACGCACCUGACCUUCAUGGGUUAGCCACUCCCACCGGCGUCUGCGGAACUGGACUCUGUCCUUCUUUGGCGCAACAUAGUCUCCCCGAAGUUAACGGCCCGAUGAAUACAGGACGCAAGACUCUCCGGUCUCUGCGAGUGGGGAAGCUUUCGAAAGUGUUCUAA